AUGCCUCCAUCAUGCCUCCAACACGCCUCCAUCAUGCCUCCAACAAGCCUCCAACAUGCCUCCAUCAUGCCUCCAACAAGCCUCCAACAUGCCUCCAUCAUGCCUCCAACACGCCUCCAUCAUGCCUCCAACAAGCCUCCAACACGCCUCCAUCAUGCCUCCAACACGCCUCCAGCAUGCCUCCAUCUCGCCUCCAUCAUGCCUCCAACACGCCUCCAACAUGCCUCCAUCAUGCCUCCAACACGCCUCCAUCAUGCCUCCAACAAGCCUCCAACACGCCUCCAUCAUGCCUCCAACAAGCCUCCAACAUGCCUCCAUCAUGCCUCCAACACGCCUCCAUCAUGCCUCCAACACGCCUCCAUCUCGCCUCCAACACGCCUCCAACACGCCUCCAACACGCCUCCAUCAUGCCUCCAACAAGCCUCCAACACGCCUCCAACACGCCUCCAUCUCGCCUCCAACACGCCUCCAUCUCGCCUCCAACACGCCUCCAACACGCCUCCAUCUCGCCUCCAACACGCCUCCAUCAUGCCUCCAACACGCCUCCAGCAUGCCUCCAUCUCGCCUCCAUCAUGCCUCCAACACGCCUCCAACACGCCUCCAACACGCCUCCAUCUCGCCUCCAACACGCCUCCAUCAUGCCUCCAACACGCCUCCAACACGCCUCCAUCUCGCCUCCAACACGCCUCCAUCAUGCCUCCAACACGCCUCCAUCAUGCCUCCAUCUGGCCUCCAUCAUGCCUCCAACACGCCUCCAACACGCCUCCAUCUCGCCUCCAACACGCCUCCAUCUCGCCUCCAACACGCCUCCAUCUCGCCUCCAACAAGCCUCCAACACGCCUCCAUCAUGCCUCCAACAAGCCUCCAACAUGCCUCCAUCAUGCCUCCAACACGCCUCCAUCAUGCCUCCAACACGCCUCCAUCUCGCCUCCAACACGCCUCCAACACGCCUCCAACACGCCUCCAUCAUGCCUCCAACAAGCCUCCAACACGCCUCCAACACGCCUCCAACACGCCUCCAACAUGCCUCCAACACGCCUCCAUCUGCCUCCAACACGCCUCCAACACGCCUCCAUCUCGCCUCCAACACGCCUCCAACACCUCCAACACGCCUCCAACACGCCUCCAUCUCGCUCCAUCAUGCCUCCAACACGCCUCCAACACGCCUCCAACAUGCCUCCAACUCGCCUCCAACACGCCUCCAUCAUGCCUCCAACACGCCUCCAACACGCCUCCAUCACACGCCCAACACGCCUCCAUCAUGCCUCCAACACGCCUCCAUCACGCCUCCAUCUGGCCUCCACGCAUGCCUCCAACACGCCUCCAACACGCCUCCAACACGCCUCCAUCAAGCCUCCAACAUGCCUCCAUCUCGCCUCCAACACGCCUCCACGCCUCCAUCAAGCCUCCAACACGCCUCCAUCAUGCCUCCAACACGCCUCCAACACGCCUCCAUCUCGCCUCCAACACGCCUCCAUCAUGCCUCCAACACGCCUCCAUCAUGCCUCCAUCUGGCCUCCAUCAUGCCUCCAACACGCCUCCAACACGCCUCCAUCUCGCCUCCAACACGCCUCCUUCUCGCCUCCAACACGCCUCCAUCUCGCCUCCAACACGCCUCCAUCAUGCCUCCAACACGCCUCCAACACGCCUCCAUCAUGCCUCCAACAUGCCUCCAACACCCCUCCAACACGCCUCCAUCAUGCCUCCAACAUGCCUCCAACACGCCUCCAACUCGCCUCCAACACGCCUCCAUCAUGCCUCCAAUACGCCUCCAACUCGCCUCCAACACGCCUCCAACACGCCUCCAACACCCCUCCAACAAGCCUCCAACUCGCCUCCAACACGCCUCCAACACCCCUCCAACAAGCCUCCAACAUGCCUCCAACACGCCUCCAACACCCUCCAACACCCCUCCAACAUGCCUCCAAUACACCUCCAUCUCGCCUCCAACACCCCUCCAACAAGCCUCCAACACCCCUCCAACACGCCUCCAUCAUGCCUCCAACAAGCCUCCAACACGCCUCCAUCAUGCCUCCAACAAGCCUCCAACACCCCUCCAACACGCCUCCAUCAUGCCUCCAACAAGCCUCCAACACGCCUCCAUCUCGCCUCCAACACGCCUCCAACACGCCUCCAACAAGCCUCCAACACGCCUCCAACGCGGCCUCCAUCACACCACCAACACGCCUCCAACACGCCUCCAACAUGCCUCCAACAAGCCUCCAACACGCCUCCAUCAUGCCUCCAACACCCCUCCAACACGCCUCCAUCUCGCCUCCAACACGCCUCCAACACGCCUCCAACAAGCCUCCAUCAUGCCUCCAACAAGCCUCCAACACGCCUCCAUCUCGCCGCCAACACGCCUCCAACACGCCUCCAACACGCCUCCAACGCGGCCUCCAUCACACCACCAACACGCCUCCAACACGCCUCCAACACGCCUCCAUCAAGCCUCCAACAUGCCUCCAAUACGCCUCCAACACGCCUCCAACACGCCUCCAACACGCCUCCAUCAAGCCUCCAACAUGCCUCCAAUACGCCUCCAACAAGCCUCCAACAUGCCUCCAACAAGCCUCCAACACACCUCCAUCAUGCCUCCAACAUGCCUCCAACAAGCCUCCAACACCCCUCCAACACGCCUCCAUCAUGCCUCCAACAUGCCUCCAAUACGCCUCCAACUCGCCUCCAACACGCCUCCAACACGCCUCCAACACCCUUCCAACAAGCCUCCAACAUGCCUCCAACACGCCUCCAACACCCCUCCAACAAGCCUCCAACAAGCCUCCAACAUGCCUCCAACAUGCCUCCAACACGCCUCCAACACCCCUCCAACAAGCCUCCAACAAGCCUCCAACACGCCUCCAUCAUGCCUCCAACAUGCCUCCAAUACGCCUCCAACUCGCCUCCAACACGCCUCCAACACCCCUCCAACAAGCCUCCAACACGCCUCCAACACGCCUCCAUCAUGCCUCCAACACGCCUCCAACACCCCUCCAACAAGCCUCCAACACGCCUCCAACACCCCUCCAACAAGCCUCCAACACGCCUCCAUCAUGCCUCCAACACGCCUCCAACAAGCCUCCAACACGCCUCCAACGCGGCCUCCAUCAUGCCUCCAACACGCCUCCAUCACACCACCAACACGCCUCCAUCAUGCCUCCAACACGCCUCCAACACGCCUCCAUCAAGCCUCCAACAUGCCUCCAACAUGCCUCCAACACGCCUCCAUCAAGCCUCCAACACGCCUCCAACAAGCCUCCAACACGGCCUCCAUCACACCACCAACACGCCUCCAACAACAUGGAACAAAGGAGAGUUAGAGAUUUACCCAUGUUGCACUGCUGA